AAAUUGACGCCUCCACUUCUUUUAUAACACUCCUUUUAUAUCUUUCUUCCCCUCCACUUCCCCGUCAUCAAACAAAAACAUUUAAUCAGACACCUCACCAACUCCGUCCCGUUCAUCUCUCUCGUCCCCCAGGACCUCCAUAAUCAGACUGAUUCCGUUGCAAUUCCCUGAAUCGUACGGUGGGAGAAAAAAAAGAGGGAGAGGGGAAGAUAUAGACGAUUUGAUUGAUUCAUGGCGUCUGUGAUUUCGAAUCCUGUGGGGAACACAAAUUCUGAUCGGAUCAAAAGGAGAAAGAAGAAGAAAUCGUUGAUUAAGGAGGAUCAACAACAGAACCAGAGCCAGAACUGGAAGUCGGAGGCGCAGCAGCAAAUCUACUCCUCCAAACUCAUCAAAGCUUUGAACCAGGUCAGUCUCAACAGUCCUUCUCCCUCCGCCCCUCGCGGUGGCCGUGCUGUCCGUGAGACAGCCGAUAGAGUGCUUGCUGUGGCAGCUAAGGGGAGGACGAGGUGGAGUAGAGCCAUUUUGACGAAUCGGAUCAAGCUCAAGUUCAGAAAGCAGAAGAGACCGAGAGCGUCUCCUGCAGUUACGGCGGCUGUGGUAACUAACCGGGCGAAGAAGCCGCGAGUGAGUGUGAGGAGGCUGAAAUCCAAGAGUUUGCCUGCUGUACAGAGAAAAGUCAAGGUUCUCGGCCGCCUUGUUCCCGGUUGCCGGAAACAAUCCUUACCGGUUAUUCUCGAGGAAGCCACUGAUUAUAUUCCCGCGCUUGAGAUGCAGGUCAGAGCCUUGAGCACCUUGUUCGAGCUCCUCUCCGGCAGCUCCGCCGCUCCCUCUAGCUCAGCCCCGCCUCCGCCUCCGCCUCCGCCUCCGCCUAGUUAAACAAACUUUCAUCCUCUAUUGCCAAGUGUCAUCUUCAUCUCUCUCUUUCUCUCUCUCUCUCUCUUUUUCUUUUUUUUUUCUUUUUUUUUUAAUUCUCUUUUUCUCUCUCUCCUUGUUAAAUACAUGUCUUACUACUUCUAUUCUAUCCUCAAGUAAUUUUAUCUCAGCUCACAUUUCUAUUUUAUUUCUUGCCUUACAAAAUCCUUUAUAUUAAUAAUUAGUUAGUCAUUUU